AUAUCACGGACCAACCAGCUUUUACUAAACUCAUCAACAGACCUUUAGUUCGUGCUGACGUCACACGCUGCACGUGUGAUUAACACAGUUAGAAGACGCACGGUAGACACGUAAAACGUAUCUUCGACAGAGAGCUAGUGUUUUCGCAGUAAUCUCGGGAAGCCUCCAGACACAAUCUUCGCUUUUCUCCGUAUCAGUGAGAAUCUCAUGAUGCCAAUGAAACAUCCUUGUGUCGCUCUUCUGGCGGUUAUAUUCGUUUCAAUAUCCUCGUGCUCAGCAACCCAGUCAAGUGACUCUAUUACUCACUUCACUCAAAGACAACCCUUGCCGAUGAAACGAGGAAGUCAAAUAAGUAUUAUCAGUGCUUCGAAAACGAGAGACGAAACAAAAGAAUGUCACAAGUAUGCUCUUCACAAAUGUGGAAACAUUUUUUUGAGGGUACUGAAGUUGCUUCAUUUCCUAAGAGAUCAUCAUUCGUACCAAGUUAAAUGCUCUUUAAGACAGGCCUUUUUCACCUGCAUACAGAAAUUACGCAAGAAACCGUGUUGGCAUCACAAGCAUCAUAUAAAUUACAACUUACGGGUAUUUAGAAAGAAACUCGCCGAUAGUUUAUGGUCUACGCGCUCUUGUGUUCUUUUGGUAACUAGUGAAAUCAACCAGUGAUUUACUAAAUAAUCUAAACUCUAAAGAGCUUUAAAAUUCUCCCUACAGUCAGUGGCUGUGAUAGAAAGCGCUGUAUUUAUGGCGGUUUUCUUCUGUUUUAUACGUUGCAAAUCAAAGUUUGCUUGUUUUGGUAAGAUGUAAAAAUCAUAACGUCCAAUUAGUAACUUUUUAGAUUAUUACUUUCAGUAAAAAAAUAUUUAAAGGCAUUUUAAAAUAAAUUAAUUAAUUGAGCUUUUCAAUACUUCAAUAUCAACAUACUUGGGCAGAGUGGACUCGUGUUUUCAAGUAAGAAAUUGUGUUUAUUAGGCCUAGAGCAACCUAACGUCAAACUAUUUUAACGGACUAACCAUUACGCUAUACAACUGGGAGUAAUAGACAAAAUGAACUAAUAUAACACAGUUUCUUGAUAUUUAAAAUAAUGCACUAUUUGCGUCUAGGUAGAAAAACGUUAAUAAAAUAAACUUGUUUAUAUGUGUUAAAGAUUAUCUUGGAUAUAAAAUCUUAAUGAAGACACCAAGUAGUGAUUUGUUUACAAGUCGACUGAGGAAGAUAAAAUUAACUUAUUAAGGCUGAAAAAUAAAACGCUAGUGUUUGUAAUUUUAUCGGGUAUAGUGUGGUUAUUAAUCAUAAAAGUAUUUAAGAAAAUAUUUAACGUUUUUUUAUUUUUAUUGCAAAGCAUUUUGUUAGACACAGUUAGUGGUGGUAUUAAAUUUGGGCUGUAUAAACCUAGUAUCGUAAUAACUUCUAAGUGGUACGUAUAGUUGUUGUUUCAAUACGCAUUUAUUUUGUAAAUUUUAUAAAACCCAGAAUUCAAGUAUAAUUCAUAUGAGUUGCAUAUCUGUAGUUCUGCUUGAAUUUUAUUACUCUUAUUCAAACUAUACUUCAUCUAUAAUAUAACAUCAGUGACAUUUUUAUGUUUUAGUUACGUUGUUUGUAUGCUGGUUUGGUUAAA